AUGGUCCAGAAAGACAGUAAGUCUUUCAAAGAAUAUGCGCAACGUUGGAGAGAAUUGGCUGCAAGGGUGCACCCACCAUUGGUUGAUCGUGAAUUGAUUGACAUUUUCAUGGGUACCUUGCAGGGCCAAUAUUAUGAAAGAUUGAUCAGUAGUGUGUCCACAGGAUUUUCUGACAUGGUGAUCGUGGGAGAAAGAGUAAAAGAAGGACUGAAAAAUGGUAAAAUCCAGGGAGGUUCCAGCAGUCAACCAAUCUUGAAGAAGCCUUUCAACGAAUUCAAGAGGAAGGAGGGUGAGACUAGUGCCAUUUCUUCUCAGAGGGGGAGGGAACCAUACAAGGCUCCUGCUUCUGGGCCUUAUUAUCAGUACCCUUACGUAGCGGCUGCUCAAUAUCCAACCAUGCCUUACCGUCCAAUUUCUCCUGUUCCUAUUCCAGCUCCGGUACCUCACUAUCAAGUUCCAGUUCCUCAAUAUCAAGCUCCACAACCUCAGUUCCAGGCUUCUCCACCUCAACAUCAACAGAGAAAUCAACAGAAUAAUCAACCACGUCCAGUUCAGCAGCAACGACCAAAUCAACAGAGGCCAUAUCAACAGUACAAUAAUGUGAAUACCACUCCUAUCCCAAUGACUUACACUCAAUUGCUACCGUAUCUGAUUCAGAAUAGGACUGUCGUGCCAAGGGCAUUACCUCCAAUGCCGAAGCCGCAUAAGCCUUGGUAUGAUGAGAAUGCUAGAUGUGCCUUUCAUGCUAAUUCAGAGGGUCAUACAACAGAGAAUUGCAAAGUGUUCAAGCUCCGGGUCCAAGAGUUGAUAGAUCAGAAAAUAUUGUCUUUUGCUGAUGUUCCAAAUGUGGGGAACAAUCCUUUGCCUAAACAUGAUGGUUCAGGUGUCAAUGCUAUAGAAAGUUCAAUUGAUGAUGGAUUGAUAAAGGAUGUGUUUAAGUUGAAGACUCUUUUAACAGUGGUCCAUGCUAGAUUGAUGGAAGCAGAAUUGAUGAAUGGGGUACAUGAUAAUUGUGUGGUGUGUUCGUCCAACCCUGAUCAGUGUGGUGAAUUCAAAAUUUAUCUUCAACGUUUGAUGGAUCAGCGGGUUAUUCAGUUCACUAGAGCAAAGGUUGAUGAGGACGUUGCUGUGAUUGUGCUUGUAUUUGAUCAAGAGAGGCUUCCCAAGCCUUUUGUGGUCCCUUAUCAGAGAAAUGUUGACCUAGAGCCAAUGAAGAAGAUUGAGCCCAUGGUUAUUUAUGUUCCCGCUCCAUUCUCAUUUGACAAUACCAAAGCAGUGUCUUGGAACUAUGAGCCUGUAGUUUAUGUGGGUAAAAAACCAGUAAUCUUGAAAGAGCCAAAUGUGACUAACAUCGCUGGAGCUAGUGGUGUGACUCGAAGUGGAAGGGUUUUUGCUCCUGAAGUCAUCCCAAACAAAGCAAGUGCACCAACAGUUGAACCAACGAAGGGGAAAUAG